AUGGGUGGGAACAUCUCAAAGUUGAUGAACAAGAUCUUCGGGUCAAAGGAGAUGCGCUUGUUGAUGCUGGGUCUUGACGCAGCCGGAAAGACCACCAUUCUCUACAAGCUCAAGCUCGAUACCGACGUCACGACCAUCCCGACAGUCGGCUUCAACGUUGAGACGGUGACGUACAAGAAUACCAAGUUCAACGUCUGGGAUGUCGGAGGCCAGGACAAGAUCCGGCCUUUGUGGAGACACUACUUCUCAGGCACACAAGGACUCAUCUUCGUCAUCGACAGCAACGAUCGUGAUCGUAUCGAAGAGGCGAGAAGUGAACUGGGAAGGAUCAUUCAGGAUCGCGAAAUGAAGGAUGCGCUGCUACUGGUGUUUGCGAACAAGCAGGACAUUUCAGGAGCUAUGCGGCCCAAGGAAGUCAGCGACGCUCUGGACCUUUCAAGGAUAGCAAAGGACCACACCUGGAAGGUCGAGCCCAGCUGCGCGACUACCGGCGAAGGCAUCUUCGAAGGAUUGGCAUGGCUAAGCAACAACGUCAAGCUUCCCUCCAACAAGUGA